CGGCCGGCUCUGAUCUGCCCGUGUUGUUUUGCGUCACGAUCCAUUCGCCUGCUGCUCCGAGACUAUAUAGAGCUCAACACACCGGCGGCUUCACGCCACCCCUCACCUCGUCAUCUGCUCCAAGGCUUGUGCAAUCGUGGUGCUCGGUGUCGAACGAUGCGCGGCUGCAAGAUGGGUAUGACUCCGAUGCUGCCCUUGCUGCUGCUGGUGCUCGCUGCCGGCGCCGGCGCGGCGGCGUCGCACACGUCGUCGCCGUCGUCGUGCCCGGCGACGCCGCCGGACUCGGGGGCCACGCUGCAGGUGUCGCACGCGUUUGGGCCGUGCUCGCCGCUGGGGCCCGAGGCGGCGUCCCGUCGUGGUCGGGUUCCUCGCCCAGGCGCGCGUACGCCUGCUUCCUCUCGCGUCGGGUACGCGCCCAUCGCGUCGGGGCGGCAGCUGCUGCAGACGCCCACCUACGUGGUGCGCGCCCGCCUCGGCACGCCGGCUCAGCAGCUGCUGCUCGCCGUCGACACCAGCAACGACGCCGCGUGGAUCCCCUGCGCCGGCUGCGCGGGCUGCCCCACCUCCACGCCCUUCAAUCCGGCCGCCUCCACCUCGUACCGCCCGGUGCCCUGCGGCUCGCCGCUGUGCGCGCAGGCGCCCAACGCGGCGUGCCCGCCCAACAGCAGGGCCUGCGGCUUCAGCCUCACCUACGCGGACUCCUCGCUGGUGGCGGCGCUGUCCCAGGACUCCCUCGCCGUCGCCGGCGACGUCGUGAAGGCCUACACCUUCGGGUGCCUGCAGCGGGCCACCGGCACGGCCGCGCCGCCGCAGGGGCUCCUCGGGCUCGGGCGCGGGCCGCUGUCCUUCCUGUCCCAGACCAAGGGCAUGUACGAGGCCACCUUCUCGUACUGCCUCCCGGGCUUCAAGUCGCUCAACUUCUCCGGCACGCUGCGGCUGGGGCGCAAGGGCCAGCCGCAGCGCAUCAAGACGACGCCGCUGCUGGCGAACCCGCACCGGUCGUCGCUCUACUACGUGAACAUGACCGGCAUCCGCGUGGGCAGGAAGGUGGUGCCCAUCCCGGCGGCCGCGCUGGCGUUCGACCCGGCGACGGGCGCCGGCACCGUGCUGGACUCGGGCACCAUGUUCACCCGGCUGGUGGCGCCGGCGUACGUGGCGGUGCGCGACGAGGUCCGGCGCCGCGUGGGCGGGCCCGUGUCGUCGCUGGGCGGGUUCGACACGUGCUUCAGCGACCCCGCGGUGAAGUGGCCGGCCGUGACGCUGCUGUUCGACGGGAUGCGGGUGACGCUGCCGGAGGAGAACGUGGUGAUCCGCAGCACGUACGGGACCACCAGCUGCCUGGCGAUGGCGGCGGCGCCCGACGGCGUCAACACGGUGCUCAACGUCAUCGCGAGCAUGCAGCAGCAGAACCACCGCGUCCUCUUCGACGUGCCCAACGGACGCGUCGGCUUCGCGCGCGAGCGCUGCACCGCCGCCUAGAUUGGAGUAUUCUUCUUCUAUCUAUGGUCAUGUACUCAUGUUGCCUUGCCUGCUGCGCAAUUGGUCAUGUUGUUGGUUUCCAAUUCUUUUUUAGUCUAGUGACUAGCGAGCGUCUCUCUGUCCGUCAGGGUGUCUCGUUCUUCAGUUCAGAUUUCCUCGGGUUGAUUCAGUGAUAGCUGCAUUCCUAUGACUUAGUUGAUGGGGUCUUAAGAACUUUUAAGUGCAUGUACUGCGUGAUGUAUGCCGGUUCUUAUUUAUUUUUUAAUUAUGGGCCGGAAUAAUCCAGUUGAGCUAGGCCUCUCGUUGCCUCA